UAUCAGAAUCUGAGACAACGUGUUGACAACUUUGUGGCGAACCACUUGGCAACUCAUACCUGGAGUCCUCAUCUCAAUAAGAAUCAGCUAAGAAACAAUAUUAGACAACAAGUCCUCAAAUCAGGAAUGUUGGAGUCUGGUAUUGACCGAAUUAUUUCUCAGGUUGUGGAUCCAAAGAUCAACCACACAUUCAGACCUCAAGUAGAGAAAGCUGUGCAUGAGUUUUUGGCCACACUGAACCACAAAGAGGACGCAAGUGGCAGCACAGCUCCUGAUGAUGAGAAACCAGACUCUGCUGUCAUUACACCAGGUGUUCCUGCUCCUGGGCCCAGUGCUAAUGUAGCCAGUGAUGCCAUGUCAAUCUUGGAAACCAUAACUUCUCUUAACCAAGAAGCGAAUGCUGCUAGGGCCUCAACAGAAACAUCAAAUGCCAAGACCACUGAGAGAGUAGCAAAAAAACUCCCAUCUCAGCCAAGCACCGACACUGGUAUUGACAAAGAAAGAACUUCAGAGGACAUGGCUGACAAAGAAAAAUCUGCACCUGACUCUGGAGGGGAAGGACUGGAGGCAGCUCCAAAGCCCGAAGAAUUCAGUGAUCUCCCGUGUCCGGUUGAGGAAAUUAAAAAUCACACAAAAGAGAAUAAUAACUUAAUUCUACUAAAUAAGGAUGUUCAACACGAAAGCAGUGACCAAAAAAAUAAAUCAGCAGACAAAAGUGAAAAGAAGCCAGACAGUAAUGAAAAGGGAGAAAGAAAGAAAGAAAAGAAGGAAAAAAUCGAAAAGAAAUGUGAUCACUCAAAAAGGAGUGAAGAUAUGCAAAAAGUUAAGGAUGAAAAGCAAGUAAAAGAAAAAGAAGUAGAGAGUUCAAAACUUCCUUCAGAAAAGAACAGUAAUAAAAAUAAAACUCUUGAAGGGACAAAAGAAGAUUUUCCUUUGAUAGAUUCUGAUGUGGAUGGACUUACAGAUAUCACAGUUAGCUCUGUUCAUACCAGUGACCUUUCAUCUUUUGAAGAAGAUACCGAGGAGGAAGUUGUAAUGUCUGAUAGCAUGGAGGAAGGAGAGAUUACAUCAGAUGAUGAAGAAAAGAACAAACAGAAUAAAACAAAACCUCAAACUAGUGACUCUAGUGAAGGGAAAACAAAAAGUGUACGGCAUGCUUAUGUCCACAAACCAUAUCUUUACUCAAAGUACUACAGUGAUUCUGAUGAUGAACUUACUGUGGAACAACGGCGACAGUCUAUUGCUAAAGAAAAAGAAGAGAGGCUUUUAAGAAGGCAAAUUAAUAGAGAGAAACUUGAGGAAAAACGCAAACAGAAAGCAGAAAAGACAAAGUCUUCAAAAGCCAAGAGUCAAGGCAAAAGUAGUGUGGACUUAGAAGAAUCAUCAUCAACAAAAAGUUUGGAACCUAAAGCCCCCAGAAUUAAAGAAGUCCUUAAAGAACGGAAAGUUUUAGAGAAGAAAGUAGCUUUGAGCAAAAAAAGAAGAAAAGAUUCAAGGAAUGUUGAUGAGAAUUCCAAAAAGAAACAGCAAUCUGAAGAAGAUUCCAAAGAAGCCUUCAAAAUAAGCGAGCAUUGUGAAAAGGAAAAAGUGUCUUCUUCAAAGGAGCCAAAGCAUGUUCAUGCAAAAAUUGAACCAAGUAAACCUUCCCGGAGACUUUCAGAGUCUUUGCAUGUAGCUGAUGAAAACAAAAAUGAAUCCAAGAUAGAAAGAGAACAUAAAAGACGGACAUCCACCCCUGUUGUGGUGGAAGGGGCACAGGAAGAGACUAACACAAGAGAUGUAAAAAAGCAAGUAGAACAAUCAGAAAUCGGCACCGAAGAACUACAGAAACAGAAAAGCACACUUAAAACUGAAAAGCAUCUAAAGAAAGAUGAUUCUGAAAUACCACAUUUGAAAAACCUACCUAAGAAAGAGGUGAAAUCCUCUAAGGAGAAACCUGAAAAAGAAAAAACUCCAUCAGAAGACAAAUUGUCUACGAAACAUAAAUAUAAAGGUGAUGGUAUACAUAAGAUGGGUGACGAGACUGAACUUCACUCUUCUGAAAAAGGUUUAAAAGCAGAGGAAAAUACUCAAAAGCAAAGUCAACAAACAAAGCUUUCCUCAGAUGAUAAAGCUGAGCGAAAAAGUAAACAUAGAAAUGAAAGGAAAUUAUCAAUUUUGGGCAAAGAUGGAAAGCCAGUUUCUGAAUAUAUUAUAAAAACAGAUGAGAAUAUUCGUAAAGAAAACAGCAAAAAAGAAAAACACUUGUCAGCUGAAAAAACUAAGGCAGAACACAAAUCAAGACGCUCAAGUGAUUCUAAAAUUCAGAAAGAUUCUCUAAGUUCCAAGCAACAUGGUAUCACAUUACAGAGAAGAAGCGAAAGUUAUUCAGAAGAUAAGUGUGAUAUGGACUCAACUAAUUUAGAUAGUAAUUUAAAACCGGAAGAGGUUGUUCACAAGGAGAAACGAAGAACAAAGAGCUUGCUAGAAGAGAAACUUUUGUUAAAGUCUAAGUCAAAAAGUCAAGGCAAACAAUUAAAAGCUGUAGAAACAGAAUUACAGGACAGUGUCACAAAACAGGCAACCACUCCAAAACCAGAUAAGGAGAAAAACACAGAAGAAAAUGACUCCGAAAAACAGCGAAAGUCUAAAACUGAAGAUAAACCUUUUGAAGAAACGAAUGUUGAACCUGUAUUAGAUACUGCUGCUGCUUCAACACAUAAUGCACAGAAAGAUUCUAGCCAUAGAGCUAAGCUGCCAUUAGCAAAGGAGAAAUAUAAGGCUGACAAAGAUUUGAGCUCCUCCAGGCUUGAGAAAAGGUUAUCAGAUGGGCACAAAAGCAGAAACUUGAAGCAUAGUAGUAAGGAUGUGAAAAAGAAGGAAGAGAAUAGAUCAGAUGACAAGGAUGGUAAAGAAGUUGACAGUAAUCAUGAAAAGGCCAGAGGAAAUAGUUCAGUCAUGGAAAAGAAGCUAAGUAGAAAGAUCUGUGAAAAUCGAAGAGGAAGCUUAUCACAAGAAAUGGCCAAGGGAGAAGAAAAAUUAGCUGCAAACGCUUUGGGCACUCCCAGCAGUUCCUCUCUUCAAAGACCAAAAAAAAGUAGUGAUGCCACAUUGGUCCCUGAACAAGAGCCAAUGGAAAUUGACUGUGAACCAGGCAUUGAAAAUGUAUUUGAAGUGUCUAAAAUCCAAGACAGCAACAAUAAUACCUUUCAGCAAGACGUCGAUGGUGAAAAUGUUAUGAAACAAAAAACCACUGCAAUAAUUCUAAAGGAUGAAUUAAGAGUUUCUACAGUAGAUUCAAAAAUAACAUCUCCAUCCUGCAAAUCAGAGCAUGGGACAGGAGUUAGCAGUAAUUCUGAAAAGUAUACUGACCAAAGAAGCACCCUGACCAAGAAAGUGCACAUCCAAAGUGCUGUGUCCAAACUGAAUCCCGGGGACAAAGAGCCCUUUCAACAAGAAACUCAGAAAGUGAAUGUAGACUCUGAAACUUCUUAUAGAAUGUUACCUAGCGCCCUGCCAGAGAAUGACAGGGUACAGAAGAAUCCGAAAAGCGUAGCCAAACCCUCUGAAGAGCAUGUUGCUCAAGAAGAGGCUGCUCUUGAACAUUCCAUGGAUUUAGACCCCUCACUGUCCGUGAGUUCAGUGACUGUGGUGCCUCUGAAAGACUCUCAUGGUUCUGAAGUAAUUUCUGUCGCUGACAAAAGAACUGCUUCAGAAGGUGGCACAGCCAGCACCUCCCCUGUGGGUCACUCUGCUGUCCCUAACCAAACCUUACCUGACAGGGAAUCAGAAGCUCCUAGGACAAGUGACAGCAAGGAAGGUGGUGAAGGCGCCACAGUAGACGCAUCAGUGAAAUGCAGCACCACUAGCAGAAGACACAUUCCAGAAGGUUGCCAGGUCACUUUACUGGACAGUAAACAAGGAAAAGUAAUCAUGCCUCUCAGGAACAAUUUAGGCAUGAUUGUGGAAGACAAGAAUUUUAGCAAAGAAGGUGGCUUGGAGGAAGCAGCCAAGACAGAAAGUGACUUGAGUGCAGAGCCCUGUUUAAAGCAAACAGUUGGAGCUACAGUAGAAAAGGGCAAGAAGGAUGGUGUUUCUGUUGACCGUGUGGUAGACAUGAGUACAGAAACAGAGGCUGAGACUGUGAAACGUCAGCACCACAGAGACCCAGGUGAAAUGCAAGACAGACCAGUUGAUGCUGAGACAAGGAGAGAAAGCAGUGAGGUUGACACCAGUGGUAGAGGUGGCUCUGGGUCCUCCGUUUUGCACCAGCGGAAUGGAAAGACCGAGCAUGGGGCAGUUGGGCCUGGCAGAGCGGAAAAGACUUCUGUUGCCACCAGCACUGAAAGGAAGGACACAGGUGUCCCUCUGAGCCCAGUAAAGGCUGGGGCUGCCACAACCACUUCCUCAGAAACGAGAGAGAGUGAGGUGGCUUUGCCUUGCACCAGCAUCGAGGCAGACGAAGGUUUCAUAAUAGGCGCACACCCCCAGAACAAUCCUCUUCAUGCUGGGGCAGAAGCCAGUGAGUGCACUGUGUUUGCUGCAGCUGAAGAAGGCGGGGCUCUCGUCACAGAGGGGUUUGCUGAAAGUGAGACUUUCCUCACCAGCACCAAGGAAGGAGACAGUGGGGAGUGUGCUGUGGCUGAGUCGGAGGACCGAGCAGCAGACCCAGUGGUUCCUCACGCAGCUACAGUUGAAGCCAACAUGAACGGUGUUGUGGCAGAAGAAAAGGAUGAUGCUGUAACCAGUGCAGGCUCUGAAGAAAAAUGUGAUGAUUCUUCCAGUAGAGACUCAGAAAUAGUCGAAGGAACUGCCACUUUUAUUAGUGAAGUUGAAAGCGAUGGAGCAGUCACAAGUGCUGGGACAGAAAUAAGAACAGGAUCCAUAAGCAGUGAAGCGGUCGAUGGGUCCCAGGAAAGUAUGACCAGAAUGAGUCCCAAAAAAGAAACGGAGGGCGCUGUGACAUGUACAGGAGCAGAAGGCAGAAGUGAUAACUUUGUGAUCUGCUCUGUAACUGGGGCAGGGCCCCGAGAGGAGCGUGUGGUUACAGCUGCAGGUGUGGUCCUGGUAGAUAAUGACACACCACCAGGAACAAGUGCCAUCCAAGAAGGAGAUGGUUCUGUGAAUGAUGGAACAGAAGGUGAGAGCGCAGUCACCAGUACGGGUAUAACGGAAGAAGAUGGAGAGGGGCCGGCAAGUUGCACGGGUUCAGAAGGGAGCAGCGAAGGCUUUGCCAUGAGUUCUGAGUCAGAAGAAAAUGGAGAGAGUGCAAUGGACAGCACCAUGACCAAAGAAGGCUCUAACGUGCCACUGGUCGCCGCGGAUGCGUGUGAUGAUGAAGGUGUUGUGACCAGCACAGGUGCCAAAGAGGAGGAUGAGGAAGGGGAGGGUGUUGUGACCAGUACUGGAAGAGGAAAUGAAAUUGGGCAUGCUUCCACGUGCACGGGGAUAGGAGAAGAAAGUGAAGGAGUCUCGAUCUGUGAAAGCGCCGAAGGUGGCAGUCCUACUGGUACUGUGGUAGACCACGUGGAAGCUGAGGCCAGAAUGGCCACUAUGAAUGCACACGAAAGUAACGUUGACAGCGUGAGUGGUGCAGAAAAGGAAGUUAAGGACACAGAGAUCUGCUCUAGUGCAAAAGGGAUCGUAGAAAGCAGUGUGACCAGUGUGGCUUCAGGAAAGGAUGAAGUGACUCCAGUUCCAGAAGGCUGUGAAGGUCCUAUGACUAGUGCUGCUUCUGAUCAAAGUGGCAGUCUGCUCACCAGGAAAGAAAAAGCUGAAGAUACAACAAUUUCCACUGGCCUGGUAGGGGGCAGUUACCACAUCCUUGUUUCCGGUGCAAUCCCAGAAUGUGAAGUUGCCCACACAUCACCAAGUGAGAAAGAAGAUGAGGGCAUCAUCACCUCUGUAGAAAAUGAAGAGUGCGAUGGUCUCACAGCAACAAUGGCUGGUGGUGAUAUUAACGACCAAAAUAGCUUAGCUGGGGGUACUAGUCAAGGCAAAGGCUUAAUGAUUUCCACCAGUACAACAAAUGAUUGUACCUCUCAGGUAAGCACAGUUAUAGAUGUGGAAGAAGGUGGAUCAGGUCCUCUGAGAACUGAAGAAAAUAUGGAAGGUGCUGGAGUAAACAUGGAAGAAUUUGAGGCCCCCAUGCCAAGUGCAGUCUCAGGAGAUGAGGGCCAACUCACUACCAGCAGAAAUGAAGAGAAAGACGAGUGUGCCAUGAUUUCCACAAGCAUAGGGGAAGAGUGCGAAGUGCCUAUUUCCAGUGCAACAACCACCAAGUGUGCCGAAAAUCUACAGCCGGUUGCAACAGUGGAAGAAAGAGCUAAAGGUCCAAUCUUUGUAAGCCCUGCCGACUUUGAGGGGCCUAUGCCCAGUGCACCCCCAGAAGCUGAGAGUCCUCUUGCCUCCACCAGCAAGGAGGAAAAGGACGAAUGUGCUCUCAUUUCCACCAGCAUAGCAGAAGAGUGUGAGGCCUCUGUUUCUGGUGUAGUUAUUGAAAGUGAAAAUGAACGAGCUGGCAUGGUCAUGGAAGAAAAAGACGGGAGUGCUAUCAUCUCCACAAGCUCGGUGGAAGACUGUGAAGGCCCAGUAUCCAGUGCUGUCCCUCAGGAGGAAGGCCAUCCCUUGGUCACUGUGGAAGAGAUGAGUGACACCGCCUUGAUUUCCACAAGCACCUCUGAAGGAUGCGAAGCUGUCAUGAUUGGUGCUGUCCCCCAGGAUGAAGAUCGGACCACUGUCGCAAGAGUGGAAGACUUGAGCGAUGCUGCCAUCAUCUCCACCAGCACGGUAGAAUGUGUGCCGGUUGUCGCUGGCAUUGACAGACACGAAGAGAAUCAGCUGACUGCAAACAACCCAGAAGGGUGUGGUGACCUGUCAGCCACAAAGGUGAGCAAGUGCGAGGUACCCAUGCCCAGCCUGAUUGCUGAAAAUAACUUUCAGUGUCCUGGGCCAGUCACAGAAAGCAAAGAAGCAGGCCCUGUGACAACAGUGAGCACUGAGGAAGGGCACGACAGGCCAUUAGUGUACAUACCCUCUUUAGGGCAGGGCCACCCAAGCACUGUGUAUGCAGAAGAGAAAGAGAGGCAUGGCAAGGGGUGCCCUGGCAUAGGACCGUUUGUAGGAAGAGGACAGAAAGAGAGCACUUUGCACCUCGCAAAUGCAGAAGAGAAGAAUGUGUCGUUGAGCUCCAUUCAGAGAGAGGAUGAAAGCCCAGAGACAGGGACGGCAGAGGGCACAGCGAGCUGUUCAGCACGAAGGGGCUUAGAGGAGAGUGCACCCAUCCGUCUGAGAGGACCAGAGCAGAUGUCAGGGCAGGCGGCUGAGGAUCCCUCUGUCAGUGUUCACUGUUUGGCAGCAGUAAAUACCAGUGCGAAAAAAGCUGAUGACAAGUCACCUGGCAGAGACACGGCAGGUGAGCAUUCCUGUGCGUCCCCUGAUCAUCAGGGUCCUGAAGGCAACUUGAAAACCACCACCACCGCCUGUAUCACUAGCCAGGCAUCAGAAAUCGCCCCUUCCCACACGGUGGUCCUUCCUGCCGCUUCCCACGUAGUUCUGCUGGCUCCUAAAGGUAGGCAGUGCUUGACCACGAAGGGUGAUCACAGUGGCAAAGGAACAGAUCGAGCGUUGACUGAGAAAACUGAAGAUGGUAAUGGCAUGAGGAGACCACUUCCCGAAGAAGGAGGCUUCGCGGUCACUGUUUCUUCUGAAGAAAAUCUGCCUGACGUAGGCAAUGAAGAGUCUCCUUCGAAUGUUUUAGGAGGAAUGAAACUGAAAGCCAACUUGAAAACAGAGACAUGUGUGCCCUCAGAGGAAGAGAAAAAAUAUGAAAUUCCAGCAUCACCAGAAAGUCCAAGUGGGAGAAAACCAAGUGGAAGAGCUGACCUACAGAAGGAGCCUUUGUUGGUGAACGAAGCACUAAAUGUUGAAAAUUCAGAAUCUAGGACAAAUGAAGAAAUUCACAGCAAAUCUUAUAAUAAAGAAGAGAUAUCCAGUGGCAGAAAAGACAACACAGAAGCCGUAAGAGGUCACAGUGUUGAAGCAGGUCCUAAAGAGGUUGAAGAGGAAGAAAAACCUAUGCCUAAAAGAAAAAGAAAGAAGCAUUAUCCCUCUUCAGACGAUGAACUGGAUGAUAAUCCAGAUGUCCUGGAUUCCAGAAUAGAAACAGCACAGAGGCAGUGUUCCGAAACCGAGCCACAUGACACAAAGGAAGAACACUCUGGAGAUUUGGAAGAAUUACCUAAAACAGGUUCUAAAAUAAACAGUAUUGCCUUGAGGACCGUAGAAGAAAAAGGUGAGUAAGUUAGCUGUUCAGAUCAGUUGAGAGACAGCUUUCAAAGCAGUCGGGGCAUCUCUCACCUGCUUCCCCAGCUGAAGCUUCUGUUUUGUUCAUUUGCUUUUGCUGCGUCAGAUCAUGCCUGUGCUUACGAUUAGUAGGGCUUGGAGUCAUUUCUAAUUUGCAUCCUACCGUACCCAAAGUGUGCUCCUUGUCAGUUAACCAUACUGAGUCUCAUUAAUUUUGGUGUAGGAAGCAUGAAAAUGGAGUGUGUAUGCAUGUGUGGCUGAGGCUGUGCAGGUC